AUGGAAAACAUUGUUGGCGGAAAGUUUAAGCUAGGAAGGAAGAUAGGAAGUGGAUCUUUCGGCGAGCUUUAUCUCGGUGUUGACAUACAAACCGGAGAGGAAGUGGCAAUGAAAUUGGAGCCUAUCAAAACAAAGCAUCCGCAACUUCAAUAUGAGUCAAAAUUGUACAUUCUUCUUCAGGGAGGAAGUGGAAUCCCUCAACUAAGGUGGUUUGGCAUCGAAGAAGAAUUUAAUGUAAUGGUCAUCGACCUACUUGGUCCAAGCUUGGAAGAUUUGUUUAACUAUUGCAAUCAAAAGUUCACCUUGAAAACAGUUCUUAUGUUGGCUGAUCAACUAAUUAAUCGAAUUGAGUAUCUUCACUCAAAGGGCUUUCUUCAUCGUGAUAUUAAACCGGAUAAUUUUUUAAUGGGUAUUGGACGUAAAGCAAAUCAGGUUUAUGUUAUCGAUUACGGUCUCGCAAAGAAGUACCGAGACCUUCAAACUCAUAAACACAUACCAUACAGGGAGCACAAAAACCUAACAGGAACAGCUCGAUAUGCCAGUGUCAAUACUCAUCUAGGAGUCGAGCAAAGCAGGAGGGACGACUUGGAAUCACUGGGCUAUGUGCUAAUGUACUUCUUAAGAGGAAGCCUUCCUUGGCAGGGUUUAAAAGCCGGCACCAAGAAGCAAAAGUACGAUAAGAUCAGCGAAAAGAAAAUGCUCACUCCAAUUGAGGUGCUGUGCAAAUCCCAUCCAUCAGAGUUCAUCUCCUACUUCCACUACUGUCGAUCGCUGCGAUUCGAAGACAAACCGGAUUACUCGUACCUGAAAAGGCUCUUCCGCGACCUAUUCAUCCGAGAAGGUUACCAGUUCGAUUACGUUUUCGAUUGGACUGUAAUAAAGCACCCUCAGAGCAGCGGCAGUCCGAGAUAUCGCCAGGGAAGUGCAAGACCCGUCGGGCCUUCGUUGGAAAGGACAGAGAGGACUUCAGUGGGGCAAGAGGUUCGCGAUCGAUUCUCCGGUGCAGUCGAAGCGUUCGCGAGGAGAAACGUGUCGGCCUCUGGCCAGUUCAGAAACAAAACCCUGGAGGAUUUGUCUUUCACCCAUGACGCUGUUCUUGACUCGGAUAAAAGUCAGGCGUCCUCUUCGAGGAACGGCAGCGUGUCUAGGAGAGCGAUGGCCUCGGGCAGCAGCAAGCCGACCUCGUCCGGCGAUUCGAGCGAGUUCUUGGGCCGCACCAGCCGGUUCCUAUCGAGCAGCGGAAGCUUUCAGCAGCACAGCGUCCCGAGGCUGUUCCAGUCCGGGCCCAUGAGGUCUUCGUCGCUCGCUCGGACUGCUGACGAUCGCGCCCCUCAUAGCUUAGAGUUCCUGCCCGUCGACACUGAGAGGAGGAAGUAAGGCAGGCAGGCAGGCAGCGAGGGCCGAGGAAGUGGCCGCGUUCCGAGCUCUUCUGGGAAAGCGAAAGGCGAGUUCAUUAUCCUGCGCAGAAUCUGUUCACACUCGACAGACUUGUUAAUUGUGAUCCGAGUUUUAGUACCAACCUUGAAAUAAUGUUGUUCGUUUUAAUUUGUUUUUUUAUUUUUUUAU